AUGGAGAAGAGUGGGAACAUUCAGCUGGAGAUUCCUGACUUCAGUAACUCGGUGCUGAGCCACCUGAACCAGCUGCGGAUGCAGGGCCGGCUGUGCGACAUCGUGGUCAACGUGCAGGGCCAGGCGUUCCGCGCGCACAAGGUGGUGCUGGCCGCCAGCUCGCCCUACUUCCGCGACCACAUGUCCCUCAACGAGAUGAGCACCGUGUCCAUCUCCGUCAUCAAGAACCCCUCGGUCUUCGAGCAGCUCCUCUCCUUCUGCUACACCGGCAGGAUAU